AGCGUUUCUCACGUGUAAAUGCUGAUAUUUUUGUGUACGCUCUGGGGGUUUCAUGUUGAUCGCACUCAACGCGUCCUCGCCGUUGCAAAUUGACCGCCAUAUGACCAAAUCCAGUCUUCAGUGAAAUUUCAACGUUGUGUGUGCGUCAAGUGGUUGUCAUUUAUCGUCUUGCUUUGCGUGAAAAGACUUUGCAGCAGCCAUCUCUCUUUGUAUUUUGUGCCAUGGUGGUAUCAGCUGGUGCUCUCCCGUACUCCUUGAAACGCCGUGUAGUGUGACUCGUCCAACUUUUGCUGCACCAUUCGAAUAUCUCCGGUUGCAAGUAACGCCCGUGCGUGCUGAACGUUCACCAGUUUCACCGAUGAAGCGGAGAAGGUGAUACGAGAUCGCUGCUGUCGAGAGCGAUUAGGAGACAGCUGUAAUUUGUGCACCGCCUUGAAGUGCGCGUGCUGCGGGCCUUGGAAUGACCUCCGUGAGCCACUGGCAGAUCGAUGACAUUGAUGAUGCUUUGGCUGCGGACUUCGAUGGCAGCCUCUCUGGCCUGGGCAUGGAGCUUGGCACCGCAUCGUUCAACAUGAGCGAUGCCUUGCUGGCUCUGCCUAGCCUCGCAUCAGUAAAACAAGAGAUGCCCCGGGAGAAUGGCUAUGCCCUGGCCGAUGCCCUUAGGCAAGGUCCUGCAAGCGACUGUGGCAGCAACAGCUUGGGACACUCCUCGGAGGCUCGGUCAGGGGUCCAUGGCAAAAAGAACCGGCUGCCCCUGAGCACCGAUGAAGAUGUCACCGGCGCCAUCAAGCGCUUCUGUGUCAGCACCUCCAGGGAACCUGCCGAGGACACCAGUCCAAGCCGGUGCCGGCACAGCUCGUCGGCUCCCGACCUGCGCAUGGCCGUGUACCAGCCGACGGCGCCGCUGUCUCUGCCUCUGCCGCGCCUCGGACCUGGUGGGGAGUUGGCUGGCAAUGUGUCGACAGGUGGCUUUCAGUACUUCCUGGGAGCGGCCACAUCCAUUGCUACCAAGCUUCACGAGGAGACCAUGACCUACCUCAACCAAGGUCAAUCAUACGAGAUUAAGCUCAAGAAACUUGGUGAUCUCACAGAAAUGCGGGGGAAGAUGCUGAAGAGCACCAUUCGAAUUGGUUUUCAAGAACGUCGGCUGCAGUACAUGGAAAAAGAACAGAUUACUCAGUGGAUGCGGCAGAGACCAGGCGAAAGGAUACUUGAAGCUGAUGUGCCCUUGUCGUACGGAGUGUAUGAUGUGGUCAACACACCUAACAAGGUCCACUUCUGUGAGUUCCUUUGGGAUCCAACCAAAGAAACAGGAGUCUUUGUACGACUCAACUGCAUCAGCACAGAGUUCACUCCCAAGAAGCAUGGAGGUGAGAAAGGUGUGCCUUUCCGCAUCGUCAUUGAGACGUAUUCCCAUGGGGAGCCCGGGCCACCACAGAAGUUGCACUCGGCGUCUUGUCAAGUCAAGGUGUUCAAGCCAAAAGGUGCUGAUAGGAAACACAAGACUGACCGUGAGAAAAUGGUCAAGAGGCCUCUAGCUGAACAGGAAAAACAUCAGCCUUCGUACGAUUGCACGGUGUUUACUGAGUGCAUUUCCGAGCCAGCAUUUGCACCUGCCAGCCCUCCCCUGAGUACCAGCGGCAACAGCAACAGUGGAGCCACGAGCCCUUCUGCAGCAUUAGCUGUAGGGGCCCAAGGUCCCGCUGCUGUCCCAGUCGGUGCGCAGGGUCCAGCCCCGACCACACCAACCAGCCUGUUGCCUGUCGUAACCAGCGCACCUACCACUAAGCCACCACCGGUGGCCAGUGUUCCACCACUGCCUCCCAUACCCGUGUCUCCUCCUCAGCCCAUCCAGCAGCGACCUAGCAGUACCAGCAACUACUCGCCUCAGGGGAGCGGCGACAGCUUCCCUCCUCCUGCUGCAAGCACCGCCAUGCCUGACCAGAAUCCUGGAACCCCAGGCAGCUCUACUAGUGACAUACUUGAAGUUUCAGAUGCAUCCCUUUCAUCACCGCAGAAUUAUCAGUCCCCGAGCUCCCAGUUAUCAUCGGAAGCCAGCGCCAAUGAGACAUCCCACUGGCUACAGCAGAACCGCUUUGCAAACUUCACCCGGACUUUUGCUAGUUUUUCUGGUGCUGACAUUCUGAGGCUCACAAGAGACGAUCUCAUCCAAAUAUGUGGUCUUGCUGAUGGCAUUCGGCUUUUUAAUGCCUUACACUCAAAGACUAUUCGGCCACGGCUGACUGCUUAUGUCUGUCUGCCCACGGAACAUGUGUUCCGGGCUGUGUACCUGAGGAGCCUGACUGUGCUGGAACUGCUGAGCAAGUUGACAUCACUGUGCAGUGUCUCCCCUUUCACCGUUCAUGACAUCUACAUCGACGGUCCCUCUGGAAUUCAUGUGCUGGUCACUGAUGAGGUGGUCCGCAACAUGCCUGACGAGUCAAUGUAUGCCAUGGAGCUUCUGAGAGGCCCAGAUGAUGAAGUCUACAGCCUGCUUCUCAAGUCAUAUGGAACCAACACGAGGACAUGAUGAAUUGCUUGUGUAGCUAUCUUUUCCAUCUUUAGUUGCAUUGGUUUGCAUGUAACGGUUUUGGCCUUACUGGCUUCAUUCUCUCCAUACCAUCUGCCAGGAAUUUCUUGAAAAUUUUCACUGUAUCCCGGUACAUCAAACGCGUUUAUUUUGGGCAAUGCAGUCUGCUGAACUUGCAGCAAACAAAUGCUUCGGGGUGCUCUGCUAUAGGCAUGUGAACUUGUUUUGAAAAAUGAGCCUUGCAGCAUCAGCAUGUGACAAGGGUGGCUGGAAGCAGUGUUCUGACGUGAUUUUUCUAAUGGUUUACUGUGCACAAUUGUUUCACAUGGUUUAAAAGUACAUUAAAUGACAAGUUGGUCAAUUUGUCCACAUACAUGGUGGUCUAGAUUUUGGCAUCUAACAGGUAUAUAUAAACAUAAGAUUGGUCUCGUGGCUCAGGCGUGGCUCAGGCACGGUGAGUUAGAGGGCCUCCUGAGAUGCGAAGUCCAUUUGGCUGCAGCAUCAAUGAAGAGAAAUCAACAUGCUGUCAAUGCUAUGCGUAAUCGCCUUGGUGGUGGAGCCAGAGCGGAGUUCCUGCUGAACUGCUGUGUGUAUGCACUGAUCGGAGUGGAAUGGGCAGUAAAUGUCAAGCUAAUGUUAACUAAUAUUUUACUGGAUGCAGGCUAAUGCUCAUCUUGCCAGCAUUGUUAGAUGCCUGGUAGCCGUCUGAUUGUUCCUUUUAUCAAGCAGGAGUGCUGUGUCAUGCCAACAUGUUGCACUCACGUAUAGUUAGAACAUCGUCCAAGGAGUCCAAGCAUAAUGCUGCCAAAUGUCAAUGAUGCUUUCUAUUGCUGUCAAUGCUUGGCCUUUUGGGCAAAACUGCCAAAUUUUUUUUUUACAGAGCCCACACCCUGUAAACUUUGAAACAUCAAUAUUGAGGCCCACAGCGAAGUCUAGGAAUGCACAUCCCCACAGCUGUACAUUGCCUAAAGACCCAUGCCUGCUGUUUGAUUAAGAAAACGCAGUAGGUACUGUGGUUGAUAUACUGGCUACCCACACAAAGGGUUGAAGCUUGAAUCCCACAGGUGUCAUGAAAAUUGUUAUCUAGUUUUUAACAUACAGUCCAGUCUGUGCCCUUCCCCCAUUGAUCCAAAAUUCAAUUUUCUUUCUUAAAGAAUGAUUUCUCACAUAGUUAACUGACAUUUUUUGCAUUAUUUACAGCCAAGAUGGGACAGGACACUUGUCUUAUGCUUGGUGGAAUUGAAGAGUUUCAAGUCGAGGCCUUUUUCUGAAUACGGGGUUAGGAGAAAAGUUUGUUAAUACUAUGUAUCUGUAGUAAUUGGCCACGUGACUGUCACUCUGAGUAUGGUGUUAAAUGGUUAUUGUAGUACCAUUUGCAGAGAAGAAACUUGUGCUGAACAGUCUGUUCACAACAUUGUCCUACUGUCACUUUCAAAUGUGGUCGUUGAGAACUGCUGGCAGCAGUGUCCCAGUGCUCCUGUGUAUGACCCAGCACUCUACGGACUGAUCCUUGCUUUUCUUCCUUUUGAUCUACGUGACCAUUGAUUUGCCUUAGUAUAGAAAGUGCUGUGUUGUUUUAUCUCAGUGCCUUAAAUAUAUGUAAUCAGGCCUGUUAAGUUAUCCACAUUGGGAGCCAAAAACACUAGUUGCAUGCAGUAAAUUGAGCCAGUCGAGGCGGUAUUCUUCAGAGAUCACUGUUUCUCAAGGUAAAAGAAUAGAUAUUCAUUUUGAUUCAGUUCUGUACCCUUAGUCAAUGUAUUAUGACCCGUCUGCACAGUGAUGCUGUUUUAUAUGCAGCAUGCAAAGAAUUACCAGCAUUCUUGCCUUGAGCCUCAUGUGUGUGCCUGGCAGAUGUAUUGAACUGACUUAUAUGUCGAGUUAUUGCUUUGUAACCAUGUGGAAGAAAUUGUUGCCUGCAAUGUACAUUAACUUCUGCUAAAAUUCUGUCACUGAUUCGUAGAAAACCAAACUGUGAGAUGCUCCAAACAAUUGAAUGUGCUCAGACAUUGGUUAUCACUGGAAAUCGCUGCGAAAAGCACUUAGGAGGAGAAACAUUUGUGUUUUCCCACAUACACAUAAUUUCACUAGCACUGUAUACAACUCGGGGCACGUCGGAUGCCGACUUCACCUAGUGACUGAAAUGGGCAACAUGCUUGUUGCUGUCCCGUUGGUGUUCUGUCGCCAUGGUUGCCACAGUGACCUAAUGACCGAACUUGCUUGCAUUCCAUUUUAUUAAGUGCCAUAAUCUGCCACUAGGUGUCACUAAUGAAAUCUCCUCCCCUACUUUUCUAUACAUGUUUUUCACCGUGUGAUGUCUAGUUGCUUGUUUGUGCUGCCACUAAAGAGACUCUCCUCCUAAGUGCUUCCUUCUGCUGGAGAUGUGCACAGAUGUUAACAGUUCCAUCACUUGUAUCAGUAUUGCGUCAAGACCAGUAUGUGCUGUCUUGUUUGCAGUGUUGUAAUGACUCUUGCGUGGUGCAGAAUUUUAAUAUUUCUUGUGUAUCGUUUAUUUGUCAAAGUUGUGCAGGUGUGCAACAGCUCUUAGGAAGAAACACAAUCAUUUUUUGUUCACGCUGUUUUUUUUAUUAUGGUGGGGCCCUAUUAAUUUAAUGUGCUCCACAGUUGCAAGGCAUGUGUUGUCAUCUUAGCACCAGAGUGUGACUGAUUCAUGGGGUCAUCACUGAUUCAUUUUGUUGCAAUCGUUUCUGGUUUUAGUUUUAUAUUUGACAUUUUGCUUUUUGCCGUUUCAUGCUAAGAGGAGCUUUCACUGGUUUUGUAUAGUGGAUACUAACGGCAGAACUGUUUUAACCAUGCCAAUGUGUUUUUCAUGAGCAAGUUGAUACUUGAUGCUGAAGAAGCAGGUCGGCAGACCUAAACACUGUGCGCCUGAAAUGACCUUUAUGCUAGCAGCUCAUCUUUUAAAGCAGUUGCUUCCAUGUUGAUGUGCCCAUGCAAUGUUACACCAGUUGGUCCUUUAGCUUCAAAUGUAAAGCCAUAGCUUCUUGUGCAUUCACAUUUGUUUGCACACUGAACUGUCAUUUUUUCUUUCUUUUGUUUUUGUUUAGAAUGUAACGUUAGGUGUUUUGACUCUCAUUUUCUGGGAAAGCAUUCUGAAAUGGUACAAAGACAUCUUCAUUCUCUUUUACUUGUGUGCAACUCAUUUCUAGUAUUUUCCAAGGUAUGCUAGGGUGCCAUUGACAUUUGGUGCACAGUCAAGAAUACAUAGCAUUUCUUCUUUUUUUUUUUACAAAAAGGAACAUACGUGUAGAUCACAUUUGACAAGAAUAAGAAAAUAAUGUGUAGCCUCAUCCCAGCUCUCUAAAGAGUCAACAGAACUUCUAGCUUUACAAGGCCUGUUGCACUGUUCUGCUUAGGUUGCCUCACUGUUGCUUUGCUCCAUCAAAUCACUAAGGUCAUUGGGCCACCUCGCAGUUAUCUUGACACCUUGACUAUAUACCCCAGUGUUGCCAACCAUUUUUUGGGAAAUACCCUAUGUCAUAGUCAAAAUUACCCUGCUUUACCCUACAGAAUUUUUUUAUUACCUACAUUUUACCCUACGCCUAAAAUAGCACAGUGCAAUAAUAAUAACUUACAGACUAUACUUCACAAUACGACGUGAUAGAUGUGCGCUGGCGCUAAAAUCGGUAGUAACUGUCAUCGAAAUAAUUAGCAAAAAAAUGUUGCAGUUUCGCCCGAAAGGCGAAACAUCAGUUGCGAUAGCAAAUUAGUAGAGAGCAAUACGGAGUAGGGAUAGUAGUUUUAUCGGCUACAUAAACUUGACACAUUCGCUUGCUAACCGAGUUAACAAGCGUGGUGUCAGCGCGCACAAGCAAACAUGAAUAGAUCACACUGGACGACCGCAGACAACCACUGUCAAAACGCUGGCAUGUGGAAGGGCGGCUGCCACAGCGAGCAAAGGUUCGUGCGGUCUAUUGCUUCAACAGAAACUGAGCGCCGUAAGCACAGCACAUACAAAGGUCACAAACGUGUGGAGGACGCUUUCAAGAUACGGUGCGCGCAACAACACCGACAGCCCGCACCGGCACAAAGUACAAGAACACCUCUGUUGGCAGAGUAGAAUCUGCCCCCCUCCCCCCCCUCCCUCCUGCACUGCCUUACCGUUUUCCUGCUUUCGCGUGGGAGAUUGCGUCGCAAGUUCCCCUUGCGCCCGGUUGCAAGAUACGAAUUUGGUGCCGCAGCACAGCAUCGCCCCCCCCUCCCUCCCAUACCCCCACGGCCUUUCGCUCGACGGAAGUCGCAUUUGCUCUCCGCCAUGCGUUCGCUCUCCGUGAAAUCGCGCGUCCUCCGCGCGCUUUCACUCGCACAUAUGGCGCGCGGCGAUGAUUUUAUUGCCCUUGGACUUUAUACGGAACGUCACGGCGACAACGACGGCAGAAAUCCUCUUGAAGUGUCCAUAUAAUUGCUAUCGCAAUAAAAAAAGCACAUAUCAAAAGCCAGCAUACGCGCCUUUGUGCACAUCGUCUCCUAUAAUUGAAAGGGAGUGAUACAGAGAGAGAAUAAAGUCUUUAUUGAGCAAAAGAUUGGCGUGUGGCUUGCUGGCCGGUGUGGGUUGUUGUGUUGCAUAUAGGAAAAGGCGAUAACGAAAAAAAAAAACGUAGCAAAUCAAAGUAAGCAAAGCAAUACCACAGGAUCGGCGCUCCGCACAGCUCAGAUUCUAACGGCUCCUAAACUGUGUAUAGGAAAAUAAUUGAAAGGUGGGCGAGGUGGUUUGAUUUCAAGAUGUAAAAGACGGCGCAAACCAACCAGGCAUAAAGUGAAGAAGAAAACAAUAAAAUGCAGUUGCGAGUUCAGCGCCCGUCUUGAUCUUUCUGAAGAAAGAACAACAAUGCUAACACAGAGAUAUGUGAAGUCUGAUCUUUCGGCUCUGCCCUGUGCUGGUGAGAUGUGAAUUAAAACAGCUCCAAUUUUAUUCAAAGGAAGAUUUAGUUUUCGGAUCUGUGUCGAGAAUAGCACCGUCGGAGAUGUCGCGUCAAUUGGCUAGUUUUUAAAAUCACUCGUCAACUGUUCAUUUUUCGCUGAUAGUUGACGAGCAAAAAGUUCUUUCUCAGGUUUUACGUGCCAAAACCAGUUCUGAUUAUGAGGCACGCCGUGGUUGAGGGCUUCGGAUUAAUUUUGACCACCUGGGGUUCUUUAACGUGCACUACAACGCAAGCACAUGGAUGUUUUUGCAAAAAGUGGAAAUUAUCCUGCACCUGGUAAGAAAAUCGCAUUACCGCCCUACUACCCUACACUGCCCGAAAAAUUUUCAGAAUACCCUACAAGUAGGGUAAUUAUCCUACGGUUGGCAACACUGUAUACCCCCCUUCAGUGGAUGCAGGGCUUUUCUCAACAGCCACACUGUUCUGUCUCCCCAUAUUUCUUUAUUAUUAUUAUUUUAUUUAAAAUAUUAGUCUGCUUUCUCCAACAUAAAUGAAUGAAUCAUGCCUUUGUAUGGCUUGCUGAGCUGUUAAUUGGCCUUCUAUGUGGAAAGGCUGCUCGAGUUGGAUUUUUCACCGAAAUGUCGUGAGAUAGAGUUUGUGGCUUCUAAUGGUUUCUCCAUUUCACUGCUGAAGCAUUGUGGUGUAGGGCUAGAAUGUCGUGUGUGAAAAAAAAAGAAAGAAAGCUAACAAAUACCACUACUUAACAAUGUCUAUCUUAGUCAUCUUUGCAGUUUGUGGCAUUCCCAAUAUACACUGUCCCUCUCUGUUUUUGCUUUUGGAUAAAUGGCUUCACAGCGUUGUCCUCUUGUGAAUAACCAACUGGCUUUGGGUGCAAGAGAAGUGCUGAUAAUGGAAAGACUGACGAGUUUUUGACUCGGUGAUAUGUAGCAUUUUUGAUGUGAUGCUUGCACAGUGGAUUGUACUUAGAAGCAGGGAGAAAACAAAGAAAUGCACUGUUCUGAAGAACCGGCCAUCACAAGACGAAAGAGCUGCGAGCAUGUUGCAGCUGUGAGAUACAAAGUAUUGUAUAUAUGCAUCUGCAUAUUGUUAAUAGUUGUUUGAGUUAUACAGCCAUAUUUUUUUCUAUUUGAAGUUCUUAUUUCUUUUAGGUCUCUAUCAUAGGUGCAGUUUGAAAUUACUUAGGCAGCUGGAGGUAUAUUUUUUUUUCUCGGUAUGGCAUUGUGCAAUAAGUUUUACUUUUUGGUCCAUCAUGGGUAGGGAUAACUGGUAGGGCCUGCAGGGAACUGAUUUCUAUUAUGUUUUUUACAGCUUGCCUCAGUCACUUUUUCGGAUCAUUUGGUGGUGCUCAAUUUCAUUUAUUUUGUGGCAUUUCAUGUUGGGGAUCUCGUCUGAAAACUUCAUUGUGCCUGAUGGAUGGGCUGAUUGUACAGCUACUGGUUUUUUAUGCUUGUCAAUCUAGCGAAUUUCACAAUGGCGUUUUUUUUUUUUCUUUUUCAUCAAUGGCAACCUUUGAUCUUUAGCAUCUUUGACCUAUCUCAUAAACAAGUUUCUACUGUUUAGUUGUAGUUGUACACGGUGUUGUUCACUUCACCAAUGUGACACCAAUGAAGUGUCUUUUACUUACUCCAGAAGCGCGUGGUUGACGCCCUGGCACUUGCUUUUUCCUUUUAUUGUUUGUUUAUUACCGGUGUCUGUUGCUUUUGUGGUGUGUGCCGCACGUCAUCGGUUGAAGAGGGUUAGUUUUAUGGUCAGUCAUAUAGAGAUGAAAAAACGAAAAAAAAAAAGAAACGAUAAGACAUCUCCGUUCACGUUGACCUGCAUUGUUCAUGUUUUGUGCACUCGGGCGCAAAGAUGUAGUUGGGCACUGCGUUUGUACAGAGAGCUCUAUUUUUUCCAAGACGGAAUAAUAAAAGAGUCUAGGCACGCGCAU